AUGGUCCCCAGCAGACCCACCGAACAGCGCAAAGCAACCGCGGCGGCGCCGCGGGCCGGCAGCGGGCAGCAUAGCUCACCUAGCUCACCUAGCUCAGGGGCGGCGCGCGCCAGCGCGGGCGAGGCGCUUUUUUGGUGCCUCCUCGGCGAGAAGAUAUGCGAUGAGAUGUGCGAGGUCAUCUGCGAGGUCCUAAACGACGACGUGGACGCGGACGACGCAGACGACGCGGCGCGGGGCGCGGGCGCGCUGACGGCGUCGGCGGCGAGCACGCUCAAAGGGCGCCGCGCGGAGGGCGCCGCCGCGCCCGUCGCAGAUGCGGACGCGGACGCGGAGCGGCCGUGCGAGCUGCCCCACGUCGCGUCCGCGGCGUCGCCCUGGGUCGCCGCGUGCGCGGACCUGCUCGAGGCCGCGAAGGACCUCACGAACAUGAGGGGCCUCCGCAAAUCGCUGACGAGCUGCGGCUUCCGCUGCGGUCCGGAACAGGGGAGAUCAGGUGAUUAUUAUGCCAUCACGGUGCCGCCGGACUUCCCGUGCUACUACGACAUCGUCGGCAAGGAAUACGCAGCCCGCGACUACGUGUUUGGGCUGGCCACGUUGAGGAAGUACCUGGACGGCGCCCUCGCCCUCGCGGGAACCGGUGGUGCCUACCGAACCGAUGCCGAGUACAAGCACGACCGCAGCACGCGCAGCACGCGGGGCUGCUUCCGGUGCCCGGCUGGCUGCGCGCGGACCUUCACGUACGCGCCGGCGGCCAUUCAGCACGGCAGGUUCUGCGCGGCGCGCGGCGCGCGGCCGCCUCCCGCGGCGCCGGUGUCUGGCCGCGCCUAUAACGGUCGCGCCAAGACCAGUCGCUUUACGGGCGUUUCGUGGCACGACAGUUACAGUAAGUGGAAGGCGCAGAUCUACGUGCGAGGGUCUACAGUAGAACUCGGCCUCUUCGACGUCGAGGAGGACGCCGCGCGGAACUACGACGCAGCGGUAGUAAAGUACGAGCUUUCUGGGAGGACGCUCAAUUUCCCCGGGGAAGCGCCGCGCGCCGAUGUGCUGGACGCGCUACCGUCGCCACCCACGCGCGGCGUGGCGUCUCGCCAGAUCGAACGCGAGCGCCGGCCGCCGCGCGCGCUGCCGCGCGGCACGACCUACCCCGAUGGCACAAUGGAUACAAAGGUCCAGACAAUCGAAACCGACGAUGACGAGGACGACGAUGACAUCAGGCGCGGCCCCACGGCGUUUCGGGGCGCGUGGGAGGCACGCGUGCGGGCCGGCGCCGCCGCUCGGGACGCGCUCGAGACGAGGAGAGAACGCCGGGUGUUGUUGCUCCGACAGCAGGACGAGGCCAAGGCGGCCGUCGCCGUGGCGUGGGCCACGGCCGACCUGGCCGCGGCCGCGGCGCCACUCCAGUUCCCGUCGCCGACGGCGCACGAACGGAGUGCUGCCGAGGUUAGACGGCGCCUCGUCCCGAACGACCACCAGCACGUCCUCGAGAUGUGCGAUCGUUACGGCGUCACCUAUCGGGCGACCCACAGCAAGAGGCACGUCCAGCAGCUCCUAGCGCGCCGGCUCGAGCACCCCGCGCCGGCGCUUGCCGGUACCGGGCCCGCUUCACAGGCGGCGCUCCGCGAGACGAUGGAGCACGUGGUGACCCAAGUGAGUUGGCCGGACGAGUCCGAGUAUCGGCCCGGCAUGGUCGUCGAAGUCCCGGCAACGGCGUUCGGCGAGGCUUUCGCCGCGGACCACGCCGGCGAGACGUUCACGGGCACGCUUCUGGACGUCCACUGUGUCGAGGAGGACGGCGCGAUAUUGUGGCACGUGCGGUACGGCGACGGGGACUGCGUGACGGACGAGGCGUUCUUCGACGAAGAAGACGAGCCCGCAGCCGCCAAACCUCAUCACUGGAACGGAGAUGUCACAGUCCUGGACAUCCCUCCCGCUCCCAAGGUCACUUGCGCGUCCCUCAUGAAGGCGAUGCGGGCGGACGGACCAAAGCAGCCCGCCGCGACGGCCGCUGUCCUCGCACCGGCGGCGGCGACUGCCGAGGCCGCGCCGCCGGGCGUGCCGGUCCUGCCCACGGAGGGGUCGCCUCCCCCACAAGAGCCCGCGCCGACGCGACAGGACGCGGUGCCAGAGGACGCGCCGCCGCCUCCGCGACCAAAGGCCGCGCCGCCGACGGCGGGCUUCUCCUCUUCUGACUCGGAGCCGGACGACGACUCGGUGGACGCCGUAGUGACGGCGGCUCCAGCCGCGCCUCCCCUGGCUGACGACUGGCUCGAGUUGCUCCAGAAGUGGACCUUGGCGCACGCGGCGCACCCAUAUCCUAACAAGGCCGAGUGGGCGACGCUCGUGCGACAGACGGGCAAGACCCCGGAACAAGUCUACAGAUGGUUCGCUACCAUGCGCUUCUCGACUUGGUCCAAGCUGCGGGACGGAGAGCGCGAGCCGAAGGGCGCGUUCGAGCAGGAGCUCAACCGGUUAAUGAACGAAGCGGUGCGCGUCGCCGAAGCGGCCGCGGCGGAAGCGCGGGCCCUCGCCGCGGCCGACCUGGAGGCUAUCCGCGAGGCCUAUGCCAGGGAGCGGCCCGUCGCUGCGGUGCUCGGCGAGCUUGGCAGGGAGAUGAUCUCAUCAGUCCACGUCGCGGCGGGAACGCGGGCGAGCUGGGACGCGUCCGCCCUGUACGCGUUCCAGGCCGCCCUGAGGCGCCAGCCGGGCCCCGUAUGCCACCUGUUCAAAGACAUCCUCAAGUCGAUGCGCAGCGGCGCGGUGUCCGAGAUCCAGGGCCGGCGGUCCAUCACGCGGCUGCUGUCGUGCGACUUGCGCUUACUCGAGAGAUUCCAGCACGUCGUGCGCCCGUCGGCCGCCGCGCCCGUCGGCGACGCCGUCGCGACGGUGGCGUGGUUUGAUCCGGCGAAUUCGGUGGAGGAGCUCUACGCGUACGAGACGCCGGCCGCCGCGGCCGCCGAGUUCGGCCUGGCAGAAAAGGCCGUGUUCGACUGCCUCGAGGGGCGGGCCAAGGACGCUGACGGCGUGUGUUUCCGCUGGCAGACGGACUGGCUGUUGCCUGCGCACGCCGUGGCGACGCGGCGGCGCGGCGUCUACCGCCUGGGGACCGAAGGUCGGUUCCGCGCGCAGCUCGGCGAGCGCGAUGGGUUCCUUGGGAACUUCGAUAGUGAAGGCGCGGCGGCGCUCGUCUGCGAGGCGGGACGCGCGGCGGCCUCCAGACCGCCGGACCACAACAUGCCUCGCCUGGAGCGCGACGCGGCCAUACCAAUAAUACCACCACCGGAAUCGGCGUCCUGGGCGCAGUGCGCGCGCUGCGAAAAAUGGCGCGUGCUGCCCCCCGGAACGGACCUUGCCGAUCUCCCGGAGGAGUGGACCUGUCGCGAUGGCAUCAAGACCUGCGAGUCGGUCGAGUGCUCGCUGACGGAGUGCGCAACUUGCGAGUGCCACACGUCGAACUGCGAGGUCGUGCUGGUCUCGCCCGCGAACGACGUCGAAAUGCGCUACUGCUCGCCGCAGGGCGCCGCGGCGUGUCACCGUUUAUCGCGCAAGACUGUGCACGACGCUUGCCUCAAGCCCGAUCCCGACCGGAGGCAGAACGUCUUCCGAUACGCGCAUGACCUGACGUGGGAAUUGCGGCGGCGGCGACGCGUCGGCGCGGGCCGCACGGAGAGUGAACCAGGAGACCGAAUCUUCGCCCACUUCGAUACGGAUCUAUGGUGGGGCGGGACGGUCCUGUCUCGCAGCGGCCCCGUGGCCGAGACGCGCUACCACGUCGUGUUUGACGACGGCGAGUGCCGGAGCGUUUGGGCGGCGGACGUCCGCAGCUCGCCUCCGCCCGGGGCGACAGUUGGUGCCGACGGGCCCAACGCCCGUGCCCGGGCCAUCGUCGCCGAGUCCGAAGGCAAGUCGAAGCGGCCCCGCGCCGACGCGGCGCCGCCGCUGCCCUCGCCGAAGCGGGCCCGACUGCGUACCAGCGCUACUGUUGGGCGGGAUCCAGGCGAGAGUGAACGACGGAUCACCAUCCUCCGUAGUGUGUAG